AGGAUAGCCACCCUGCCCGCCCUAAUCAGACCUCAAGUGCAUAUCACUGAAUUCGAGUUUGGAGUAAAUCAGAGAGGGAUUAACAACAAGAGCACUGACUGGAGCUCCAAGGCCAUGUAUCUGCAUGAGGAGAGGCCGCUGUGUGGUGACUACCCAUACCCACUCAACUCUCAGCCCAAGAACUAUGGCUAUUGUCCACCAGAUUGGAAAGAUGCGGUUCUGCGGGGCCAGUCUUGGGACAGCGGCGGUAAAGUCGGGUGUGAACCCGAGCUUUCAGCUCUUCAAGUCCGGGUGUCGCUCCAGGGUCGCGAGCUAUGGGAACAAUUCGGAGAUAUAGGAACUGAGAUGCUCAUCACCAAAACAGGAAGGCGAAUGUUUCCGAGCUGCAGAGUCACUGUGACAGGGUUGAAUCCUCGAGCAAAGUAUGUGUUGAUGAUGGACAUGGUCCCGUUUGAUGACGACAAAUACAAGUGGAGCAGGGAUCGCUGGGAGGUGAGUGGUAUGACCGAGCCCCACCUUCCCAACCGCUACUUCAUCCACCCAGACUCUCCCUCCCUGGGGGAGAGGUGGAUGCAGUACCCUGUUUCCUUCCAUAAGCUCAAACUCACCAACAACACCCUAAACUCCAAUGGCCUGGUGGUUCUUCACUCCAUGCAUAAGUACCAGCCCCGCCUGCACAUCGUCCAGUCUCCAGACCCCUACAAUCCUCUGUCAGGGGGCUACCUGCGCUUCACCUUCCCAGAGGCAGCCUUCAUAGCUGUCACUGCCUACCAGAACUCCGAGAUAACAAAACUCAAGAUAGACAACAACCCCUUUGCAAAAGGCUUUCGUGACAAUGGGCUGAACAGAAAAAGGUUCAGAGAAAUGGAAGGUCAGAGCUCCGACAAACUAAAUGAACUCCAGAUGGAAUUGAAAUCUUCAAAUGGAUCCAGACCAGUGGAGUCAGAUGAUGAGGCUGACGUCAUCGUCUCCAGCUCUAGCUCAGUGAAUUCCCAUGGUGCAGCAGGAUACAGGACUGAUGACAUCACGUCUGUCUCUGCUGCCCCUAACCCAUUCAUCUCUGCCUUCAUGAACUGUGGCCAGGAGGGUUGGGGGGUCCAGGACCCAAUGACCCACAACACCCACACACACAACACACCUACUACCAGGGACUAUGGCAGCCCUGGGCAGCAUAACGAAGCCAGGCAUACUGGUUUAUCAAACAUGGCUUCUCCUCUCUUCCUCCCACACCCUCCACUGGGCCAGACUCACCACCCAGGGUCUGUUGGCUUUAGGAGGCCCCAGGCACAGAGCAGAAAACCAGUGGGGCCUCACCCUCCUCACCACCGAGGAGGUCCAAGUGGUCCAGCACCAGAACUCUCCCAUAGCCACAGCCACACAUCAGACCACCAGGCCCAGCAGCAGCAGCCACAGCCCCAUCAGGCUGAGUUCGACUACCCUCUCCCCCUGCCCCCCAAGGUCAACAGGAUGCACCUACCUGAGAGUGCCCUGCGUAGCCUGGAGAUGAGCCCCUCCCCCUCGGUGUCCGGCAGCCCUCGGUCCCUCACCGACAUGCUCAACAGGAUCCACAGCAGGGCAGGGUCUGGAAUCAACUCAGGAAUCCCCCAGGGGAAGCUGCUCCAGGCCCAGGCCCAGUAUGAGAGGCCAGGCCUGGAGCUGGGGGUGGACAGGGAGCUCCGGCCACCACAGCCCAAUCCACCACUACCUGAUCAUGAGCCAGAGUACCUGCCUCUCCACAGCAUGAUGCUCUACCACCAGAACAGCUUGAUGGGCUCUGCGGGGCCACUAAGAGACAGCCAUGUGGACCCUAGAGUUCCCUCCUCCUCCUCUCUAGAAUCCCCCCCUACAAGGCACCUAUGCUCAACUUAUAAGUGAUCUCUUGUUCAGUAAACACAACAGGUCAGGUAGACAUGAACAUUUCCCCCCACCACUUGUGGACAUCUAGCAACAUCUCUGGGUAGAGUUGAGGCAAAUGAAUAUGCAAUAUUGAGUCAUUCCAAGCCAACUUUAUAGUUAAUUUCUCUUUGCUAUGUUAGACUUUAUUUUUCAGUUGUAGAAUAGGGAAGUGGUUUGCUAGGAUAAGGAACUGGGGACUCUUUUGCCCUGACAUUAGAUUUUUAUAAUUUGUAAGGGGAACUAAUAACUAUGCAAUAGAUUUGCAUCAUGUCUUAACCGUCAACAUGUUUCCCCGCUUUCUUGGGACAUUGUAAUUAACAGUAAAUAAUGAGUGAGAUUAUAUGUGAGAUGUGUAUGCAGAAGAGCAGUGGCUUAUCAAACAUACAAAAUGAAAUGUAGACUCCUGAUGUUUUGAUGUUAAGACUGAUAACAUUAGCCCUAUCCAUGCUGUAUGUAUCAUUGUCAUGCUAGAAAAGUUGGCUACAGCACAUAAAGCUUGGGAGUUAUGGGAAGAGGA